GCGGCGGAAAUGGCGGCCGGUGCUGGCUCUUAGCAUCCCCCGGGGCGGUGAGUUUGGGCUUUGCUGUGUCUCUGCCGGGCUGCGUACGGUUCUCUGUUCCGGCGGAACGUGAGCUUUUAGCGUUUAUAGAGUUGUUCUGUUGAGGCGUCCGGGGUGAUUGAGCUCUGUAGCUUGUGAAGGGCCCCGGGUCGGGUGCGAGCCGCAGGUCCUGCGAGGAGCCCGGUGGGUUGGGGCCUGGUGGGCUCCGGUAGCUGUUGAGAAGCCCUUUUUGUUGGACCUUGGUGCUCGUUGAGGGGCUCGGUUGUUUGGGCUCUGGUGAGCUCUGGUGCCUGCUGAGGAGUCCCGUCUGUUGGGCCUUGGUGCUCGCUGAGGGGCCUGGUUGCUUGAGCUCCGGUGUCUGGUGAAGGCCUCUAGUUUCUAGGGGGUCCGGUGAGGAGACGGGUUUUUUGGGCCAUGGUGAGCUCUGGUGCCUGCUGAGAAGUCCUGUCGGGCCCCGGUGUUUGUUGAGGGGCCUGCUUGUUUGAGCUCCAGUGUUUGGUGAACCCCCCUGGUCUCUUGGGUUCCAGUGAGUCCCAGUGCACAGUGAGGGGCCUGGCUGGUUGAGCUCUGAGGAGCCUGGUGGCUUGGGUUCUGGUGAGCUCUGGUGCCUGCUGAGGAGUUCCAUCUGUGGGGCAUGGUGCUUGUUGAGGGGAUUGUUUGAGCUCCAGUGUUUGGUGAACCCCUCUGGUCUCUUGGGUUCCUGUGAGUCCCAGUGCACGGUGAGGGGCCUGGCUGGUUGGGCUUUAACGAGCCCCAGGCCCAGUAAGGAGCCCAGUUGUUUGGUGAGGAGCUUGGUUGGUUUGGCCCUGGUUUUUGGUGAAGGCCCCUGGCUGGUUGGGCCCUAGUGAGCCCUAGUGCCUGGUGAGGAGCUCAGUGAGUUCCUACCUGGUGCCCAGUAAGGACACUGCUUGGUUGAGCCCUGAGAAGCCCUGAUGUGGUGCCUGCUCGCUUGAGCCUUGACAAACCCUGUUGUCCUGUGGCACCCAUUGAGGCAGCAGCCAGCAGAGCCCUGAGGUGGCCCUCCUUGCCCAGCCCCACCAUGCCAGGCCAGAGCCCAUCAAGGCUCCAUCAGGCCCUCUUGGUGCUGGUGGCCACCCUGGGCUGGCUGCUGGCCCUGCAGUUGUUGCUUGACCUGCGGGCCCUGGGGCUGCUCUGUGGGGUGCUGGCGGCGCUGGGGGGCUGGUUGGGCCCCCGUGCCUUUAUCCCCCCUGGCCGGAGGCUGAGGCUGGAGCGUUUUGUCAGCUCCUUGAAGCCCCUGCCUCACUGCCCGGCGGCGGAGGAGAGGCUGGAGAAGGAGAUCGCCGGCACCGUUCGCAAAGUGGUGAGGGACUUUGUGGCCUCCUGGUACCGCACCGUCAGCAGCGAGCCGGCCUUCGAGGCCGAGGUGGAGAAGGCCAUGAUGGGCCUGGCCACCGAGCUGAGGCGGCGGAUGGGCCGAGUGGACCGUCAAGCCCUUGCUCGCCGCCUCCUCCUCCUCUGCGGCCACCACUUGCAGAGCUACCUGCAGGCCCUGGAGGUCCUGAGGGGUGACCUAGAGGGUGGCCGGACCCUGUGGCAGGAGUACAGCCGGCUGGCAGGGCCUCAUCCUGCCCUCCGUAGCCCAGCAGCUGAGGUGGGCUAUGCCAGGGCUGCUGUGGAGAUGCUUUUGAGGGCGCUGGUGCCCUGGCCCCACCUGGAGACGAGGACAGGACGCUUUGUGGUGGUGGAGCUGGUCGCCUGUAACGUGCUGCUUCCAGCCAUCAAAAAGAUGGCCGACCCUGACUGGAUCAACUUGCUGCUCAUCGGGGUUUUCUCCAAAAAGCCCCGGGCUGAAGAGCCUCCCCCUGCACCCCCGGUGCCUGAUUCCUUGCCCUUCACAGUAGAGCCUGACGCUGCCCCUGCCGGGGUGCCCCCUUCCCCGAGGGCCAUGGAGGUGCCCAGGAGAGAGGCAGGAGCUGCUGGCGAGGAGGGAGAGGACUCCACAAGCGAGCUGUGCCGGGCAGAGGAGCCUUUCCUCCGCCCACAAGCCCUGGGCUCCCUCUUUCCCUGCGAGGGUUUGGAGCUGGAGUCCCCUGCACCCGAAGCUGGGCAGGACACGGACCUGCUGGCACCAUCACCUGCAGGGGAGUUCCUUGAUGAACCUCUCCAGGACACCUCCACUGUGCUAGAGGGACUGGCCACUUCAGAGGAUGGUGGAGGUGACCUGGAGGAGGGUGUUACCACCAGCACGGAUGCUGGCCCACUCCCCACUUCUGCUCUUGCGUCGAGCUCCUGCCCUGACAUCCAGAUCGACCCGGCCAUUGAGAAGGAAGAGGAAAGCCCAGCUGUCCCCAAAAGGUCUUCUUCACAGAGACCUUCCAGCUUGGGGAAAGAUCUGGGGGCAGCAGAAGGCCCACCACAAAGUCCUCCAGAUGCUGGCCAGGCUCUGCCCCUGCUCUCGUCCUCCCCAACGGCUUCCAUCAGCACCUUCAGCUUUGAGCCCCUCAGCAGCCCCGACGGGCCGGUGGUCAUCCAGAACCUACGGAUAACUGGGACCAUCACUGCCCGAGAGCACAGCGGGACUGGCUUCCACCCCUACACCCUCUACACCGUCAAGUAUGAGACAGCCCUGGAGGGUGAGGCCACGGGCAGCCUUCAGCAGAUGGCUUACCACACCGUCAACCGCCGCUACCGGGAGUUCCUCAACCUCCAGACCAGGCUGGAGGAGAAACCAGAGCUCCGCAAGUUCCUGAAAAAUAUCAAAGGCCCAAAGAAACUCUUCCCUGAUCUCCCAUUUGGAAACAUGGACAGUGAUAAAGUGGAAGCCAGAAAGAGCCUGCUGGAAUCUUUCUUGAAGCAAUUGUGUGCUGUCCCGGAGAUCGCGAACAGUGAGGAGGUGCAGGAGUUCCUCGCCCUCAACACCGACGCCAGGAUCGCCUUCGUUAAGAAGCCCUUCGUUGUCUCCAGGAUAGACAAGAUUGUUGUCAACGCCAUCGUGGACACUUUGAAGACGGCGUUCCCCAGGUCGGAGCCCCAGAGCCCCACGGAGGAUCUCAGCGAGUCUGAAGUGGAUGGGAAGUCUCAGACAGAUGGGAAGAAGGCAAACAAGUCCAGGCUGAGGUUCUCAUCCAGUAAAAUUGCUCCAGUGCUGAAUGUGAACGAAGCCCAUGACAGGAUCGUGUACUCUGUCAGGGAAGGCACUGCUGUCUCUGGUGCUCUGUCGCUGGCUGCUAUGGAGUCCUUCAUCCAGAAGCAGGAGAAGCUGCUGGAGAGUGUCCCCAGCAAAGCUCCUGAAGGAGAAGGAGGCAGAGAAGGGAAGGAAAGCUCCAUGGGGACGUCGGAGCAGGGGACACAUCCAGACACAGACUCUGACUCGGAGACAGCUUUGGCUGACCUGGCCCUGGACGUGCUCCGUCUGCUGUUGGUGGAUCACUGGAGCUGGCUGUGCACGGAGAACAUCCAGAAGGUUUUCCACCUGCUCUUUGGGACCCUCAUUCAAAGGUGGCUGGAAGUCCAAAUGGUGAACCUGACCUGCACCCAACGUUGGGUCCAGUACCUCCAGUUGCUUCAGGAAUCCAUCUGGCCUGGGGGAGUUUUACCAGCAGUGCCCAAACCAGCCAGGACUGAGGAACAGAAGAAAGCAGCAGCAGAGCAGGCCCUGCAGAGCCUGGUGGGGAUCUUGCCAAGUGUCAUCCAAGAAAUCCUUGGGACCAGUAAAUGCCGGAUGAGCUGGAAACUGGUGCUGGAGUCCCUGAGCCAGCCUGUGAUUAACAGGCACCUGGUUUUCUGCCUCUUGGACCUUCUGCUGGAGUUUUUGGUUCUGAAGGGCUCUGGCGAUGAGCUGGAGACUGCGGUUGUCGCGCCGUCUGCCUCGGGUGGCCUGGACAGAGCAGGCAUUUCAGCACAUUAACUGGGGCUGGUGUAGCCAGCGGUGGAGGAGAGAGAGAAACAACCACAGGCAUGGGAUGAUUUGAUUUUUCAGUCUUUACUGAACAUGUCUGGGAGCUUCUCGUAAAGAAAAUUUUCCAGCCAGUGCUAAAUGAGGCUGGUUCCAGGCUUCUCUGGGUGAUGGAUUAAACUCAGCAGCAGGGGCUGAAGAUGCUCUUCUUCUGUGCAGCAUCUGCUCCAUUACUGACCUGCUGGAGAGCCUGGGAUGAAGAUGCCUGACCUGUGCUGAGGUGGACAGGCUGCCCACAAACCCUCUUGUCUUGCCCCACACCUGAACAUCUCUAACAUCUAAAGGUAGAGAGCACACAAGAUGUGCUUUUGUGGCCUCAGGUUCCACCUGGCACUGGCACGCAGGGACUUGUUCUGAUGGUCUCUUCUUGAUAGAUCUUUCUCCAGGACAGGUGAAAGAAGAACCAAAUGCUGUCCCUGCUCUCCAAGCCUACACCAUGCUGUAUCUUACCAGAAGGAAGAUGGGGAGAAGGACAGAGCAGAGAAAUGUGGUGACAGCCCUGAGGACAGCAUCAGGGACCCAUCCCACUGCCCAACUAACUGGGAGGUCAAAAAUGAUGCAGAAAUCCUUAGGGACAAAGUCCUCAGUGACAAAAAUAAACCCUCUCCUGCUGCCACGGGUCUUCUUGUGGCAUCUUUUGCUGCCUGACCAGUAGGAUGCAAGCAGGGCAGACUGGUUCUGUUGAGGAGAACUCUCACCUGGCCAAAGGGGAAUAGUAGUUCAGCUGGAUUUUAGGAUUAUCAUAUAUUUUGCCUGCCUGCUGAGUCACAUUUUAGUCCCAGAGGCUCUCACCUGGAAGGCACAGGAGAAAAGGCACUGGAGGGUGACACAAGGCAAAUAAACCAGCUCCCACACAAAAGCACUUGUCCCAGGAAGCUCUGGAAGAGGAGGGAGCACCUCCAGGAGGAGAACUGGACUCGUGGCAUGGACAACCAGUGGGUUAGACCCAGGAAUGGGCUUGUGGGCACCACCGUGAUGGUUAUUUCACCAUGUUUUGGUGCUACAAUAACAACUGUGUGUGGAGGGCUCUGGAAAGCUCAUCAGGUCCCCCACUUGGGCAGCUGCCAAUCAAGACUUGGGUGGUUUUGGACAUGUCUGCUGCCUGCUGUUGGGUCUGUGACAAGGAAAAUGGACACAGAGAUUAUUGACACAGAGAAUGUGCACCAAUGGACCAGUUUGGAGACCUGUUUUGGUGUGUUUCCUGGGAGAAAUACGGACUGGACUUUGCUUAUCGAGGAGAUAACAACUGCUCCUGGUGUUGUCUACAGAUUAAAGUGCUUAGAAGAGGAGACCUCCCAAGGGGGGACCAUACAGGAUCACAGCUAAUGUCCAUGUUACAGCAUCACAGGGUGCAUUGCCUACAGCCUGUUGUUUCUUGGAGCUGGAUGCUCUGUCCAUGUUUGGAGAGAAGGUGGUGGGACUCCAAAAUGUGUAUUAGGGGCAGCUUCUUAAUAAUGGACACAACAGUCUGUGCUUCUUUGUGUUUGUGUGCAAAUACAGGGAAGGAUUAGCUCACUGCCAGCAAUAUAUAUAUUUUUAGGGAGCUCUAAGGACAUCCCAAGACUAGACAGAAUCCAAUGUAAUGGAGCAAAGCAGUUCUGCAUCGUUUGAGGACCAUUUCUCAGCAGUGAUGCUUUUGGGAGGGUAACUUGCCACCUGCUUGGAAAAGAGUAGUUUGGAAAGCAGCUUGGAAGAGUAGCUUGGAAAAGAGUGUAAGAGUAGUUUAGGCAAAGCUUUGGGGAGUGCUCCAUGUGGGAUAAUCCCAAAUGGCCAAGGAGCAGGACUCCUAUAUAUCCUUAAGCACAAUAUUUGCUUGGAGCAGCCUCUUCACCCCUUUCUUCACUGCCAGGCUCCUCUUUCCCUUCUUUUUCCUACUACAUCCCUGCCCUCUGGCGUGGUGUGAGUUACUAAAUUUUCAUUUCUCUUGAAGGAAAUAAUUUGCCAUUUCUCUUGGUGGGUUCUGAGGAGCAUAGAUGGAGAGCUUGGUGCUUCACUGGGGUGGUGUGACAAGGAUUUGUGGUUUUACCAGACCAAGUAGCAGCAUCUCCUCUGUGUUCACCAGGGAGGAGCUGGGGCAGAGAGGGAUGAAGUUGGUUUCUUUGCUCAGCCAAGCAAAGUCGGGAACAGACCCCAGGAGUUUGGAUUUACAAGAUCUUUGUUUUAAUCUCCAGAACUUUCUUUUCUUUCCUUAAAGGAAGGAAAACAGAACCUGGGGCUGCCAGAGCCCUUUCUCAUGCUCUUUCUUCCUGGCGAGGCUUCAAGCUCCCAUUCUCUCCUUCAUAGAUCUCAGGCCCUUCUCACAGCUGAGGUGAAGCUGCCCAGGAACAGCGUAGGAACAAGUAGCCCCUCUCUGUAUCUUGUUGUUAAGGAAUACAAAAUCCAAUAAAAAGUUCAGCUUUUUCUUUUU